UCCUCUUCCCCACACCUCCUCCGCCUCCCCAGCACCGCUGCCUCUUCCUCCCUCUUCCUCAAACAGUAAUGGCCCUCAGUAGCGAGUACCAGGGCGCCAUUGCCCUCCUCGACCUCGACCGCCAGACCCAGUCCGCCCAGCCUCAAGCCGCCGCCCAGGGCGCCCACGGCCCACUGCCGCGCAUCGUCAUGCCCGACGACGAGUCCGCCGGCCACCGCUCUACUACGCGGGCCCGCAACCGCACUUCUAUCGCUGAUCUGCUCUCAGACUCGUCUGGGCAGCAGCAGCAGCAGCAGCAACAGCAGCAGCAACAGCAACAACAACAACAGCAGCAGACGCAGCAGCAGCAGCAACAACAACAACCCUCCGUCUACGCAAACGCCGCCAACCCUCCCAUAGACACGCAGCUCCUCUCGCCUGCCUCUUCCUCUGCUGCCUACUCUUCUGCCGCUGCUCCGCAGUCCGCAAACGCCUUUGCCUACUCUCCCUCGCCGGUCUCGCCGCAGCUCGCGCUCCCGCCCUUGCCAACAAUGCAGCAGGUCGACUACCAGAACCAGCAGCAGGCCCAGCAGCAGCAGACCCAGCAACAGCAGCAACAACAACAGCAGCAGCAGCAAUACCACUCUCAUAUGCAGCAGAUGCAGCCGCCGACCGACCCCGCGCUCACCGGCGGCUCGACCGUCGGCGUCGUCAUCCCGGCCAACCCAGUGCGCUCGGCCGCGAACGCAAACGCAGAAUACAAAGGCGAGUACAUCCCCAUGCCGAGCGGACAUCCCUCGACCCCACCCACGCGCCGCGACCUGCGCGCCUACCAAAAGUCCGUCGGGGUCGGUGCCCAGCCCGUCGUCUCGUCGCGCGGCGACUCCAACGCCGCGGCGGUGGCGGGCGCAAACGUCGCGCACUCGCACUCGCAGCAGCCGGGCUCGCCGGGUGCGUCCUCAGGCCAGACGCCGUCAGCGUCGCGGCCGUACAAGUGCCCGCACGUGGGAUGCAAGUGGACCUUUGCGCGCCACUCUGAUCAGCGUCGCCAUCUGCGAUCGCACUACUCGCCCAACUUCCACUGUCCGUACUGGCGUACGGACCCGACCUGCCACCGCAACGGCGGCGCCUUCAACCGUCUUGACGUGCUCAAGCGCCAUCUGCGACUUGUGCAUUUUGUCCAGCUCAAGGACUCGGACGCGGGCUGGUGCCGGCUGUGUCAGAAGAUGUUUGCCAGCCCGCGCGUUUUUGUCGAGCACUGCGAAAAGUGCGCGGACUCGGUGCAGCCGACCGAGUGGAAGAAGAUCGAAGGCGAGCCGAUACAGUGAUUGACUGUCGUUUAUCUUCUGUGGUUUAUGUUUUGUGUAGUUUUGUAGUCGAUAGUAGUCUAUUACUUUUGUGUUUGGCAGUUUUUUCUCUUUCUUCUAGUUUCUUUUCCUAUUUUCUUCCGGUUGACAACUACCGUGUGUAUUAUUUGGGUCUUUUUAUUUUCUUGAUCUUUCCGUACAAGUCCUUUUAUAUUCAGUCACAUGCGAUGAUGACAACAACGAAUAAUACAGUCUCUAUCCAAAC